AUGGUUGACCCACGCGAAUCCGUUCCGCGCUUCCUUGCCCAGUAUGAGGGCAAUACAUACGUGGAAGGAUGGGCUAAGCUGUGGGAUCGAGGGGACUGCCUCCAUUGGGAUAAGGGAUUCCCCAACCCGGCACUUGAGGAGACUCUAAGCGAGCGACAGUCACUCCUCGGCGCUCCAGUAUUCAAGGAUCAGAGCGGAAAUUGGCAGAGACGGAAAGCUCUGGUCCCUGGAUGUGGUCGAGGAGUAGAUGUUCUUCUUCUGGCCAGCUUCGGCUACGAUGCAUAUGGAUUGGAAUGUAGCGAUUCAGCAAUCAAGGCAUGCAACGCAGAGGAGGCCAGAACAAAAGCCAUGUAUCCCAUCAGGAGCCCUGACAUUGGCAGAGGCAGCAUUACUUUCGUUGAAGGUGAUUUCUUCGAGGAUGGUUGGCUAGAGGAACUGGGUCUUGAACAAAAUGCUUUCGAUUUGGUAUAUGAUCACCUGUUCUUCUGCGCAUUAAAUCCGUCACUUCGCUCGACAUGGGCCCUGCGGCAGACUCGGCUUCUCACGCUGAAUGGCCACUUAGUCUGCCUCGAAUAUCCGAGACACACAAAUUCCUCGGAAUUAGGCCCUCCAUGGGGGGUGUCGUCUGAGCUUUACCUAGAGUAUCUCAGUCACCCAGGCAUGGAGAAUCCUGACUCGAGGCGAGACACUGAUAGCAACGGUCUUGCCAGGGUGGCAUACUGGCAGCCGACUCGCACACAUGCAACUGGAAUAGACGCCAAUGGCAUUGUUCUGGAUCGCGUAUCUAUAUGGCGCCAGAAAGCAGAAGGAGGAACGGCUUCAAGUGACUGUCUGGAAGCGUAA